AUGAUCCCGACUGCACAGCAGAUCAGUGUGCCGCCUGAUCCAUGGUCGGGAGUGCUACCCGGCUCGUUCACCUUCGAGUCGGAAUAUGCGGCACAUGCUGUCUCCUUCAUGCAUGAUGAACCUGACAUAUUACCUCUCAGAGAGCUCUUGGCCUCUAUGGACGUGAUGUUGGAGACCUUCAAGCCGUGGUACGAUACCCAGGACGAACCGAUGAUGGCGGCCGACGCCACUCCCAUUCAUCCCGGGACUAGCGUCUCGACGGGGAUGCUUGGUUGGCCCGACAAUUACGGCGCUGAAGAUAUCGCUUUCAGUCAUCCAUGGGAUGCUUCCCCAAACGCGCCUUCCUCUCUAUCGACGCCAUACUCCGAAGACUCGCUGUCACUCUUGCCUAACUCUCCUUCCCUGAUAGACGCUCUGCCUGAAGUUGAGCCCGACAUCGCCUCCAGUCAUCCAUGGGACGAGUCCCCAAACACGCAUUUCUCUCUAUCGUCGCCAUUCUCCGAACACUCUUUGGCGUUCUCGCCAAGUUCUCCUUCGUCGGUACAGUCUCUCCCUGAGGUUGAGCUUGUUGGAUGCGCUUUCGCGCAUAACCAAAACAAAACUCACCGUGUCGAUCAUGUUGAUUCUUGCGGAUCCCCCUCGGACGGACAGAACACCGUCCAGCCAAAUCACGAUCCUGGUAUCCUCUUCCUCACCUCUGAAUUCGAUGUUCUUCCGCCAGCACAUGCGUCCACCAUCGUCACGCCCUCUUCCGCGGGCCCGGCGACGACUAUCUCCACCGGAACUCCAGACUAUACCCCCGAUCACCCCUCGAACGCCAGCAGCAAAGAGAGCGGCCCGCGGCGCUCUAGCAGGCUUGCACAGCGGGUACAUAAGCGGUUGCUCGACGACACUGACAACAGCCUCGAAGACGAGUACCUACCUGGCAUGGAUGAUGGCGCGUCCAGGGACACGUCGCGCGCAAAUAAGCGCAGACGUACAGUGGAUCGGAAAGCCGACGGCUCUAUUGACCAAGGUGCCAAUCUGCACUUCUGUCCCAUUUGCGGUAGGGGGUUUGGACGCGAGCACGACAUGAAGCGGCACGUCGAAACGACCAGGCACAAACAUGCCUUGACCGAGGAGGAGAAGGUCAAGAUCUACGCUGUGAAAGACGAUGACAAGCGUUGGUGGUGCGCUUGGUGCAGGGAGAUUAAGGCGCGCAAGGACUCUCGCGUGAGGCAUGAAAGGCACUACUGCGAGAUCAACCCCGAUGUCGUGCCUCCACCGCCGAGGGUCGUCAAGAAGGCCGCCACUGGAAGGUCGCAGCAGCGAAAGGGGACGGCCGCGCGCGCCAGGAACGCUGCACGCGAUGGAUUCUAUUAG